AUGUUUGCUAAACUUUUAAUUCUUGCUGCAUUAUUAGGAACUACUCUUGCUAAUACUUGCUUACAUUGUAUCUGCCAAGUUGAAUCAGGAUGUAAACCAAUUGGUUGUGAAAUGGAUGUUGGUUCACUUUCAUGUGGUUAUUACCAAAUUAAAAUUCCAUACUAUGAAGAUUGUGGUGAACCAGGUAGAAGAUCUGGUGAAUCACUUGAAACUGCUUGGAAAAGAUGUGCUAAUGACUAUUCAUGUGCCACAACAUGUGUUGAAAACUACAUUAAGAGAUACUCAUUUGAAUGCCCAGGAAAAGGAACUUGUCAAAAAAGCGCCAGACUUCACAAUGGAGGACCAGGUGGAUGUAGAAAUUCUAACACUGAAGGAUAUUGGAACAAGGUUCGUAGCUGCUGUGGAUGUUCAUAA